AAUUGCUGCGAACUUUGGACGCACCAUGGCCCCGCAAGCGCGGAUAUUCCCGGUUUUCCCCUCUCAGAUUCACGAUCCAGCUCUGGGCCCCAGGGAGUUUUCUGCUGAUGAGCGAAAGUGCUGGCGCGAUUUCAGCGGCGCUUGGCGGAUAGAUGGGUUUCUCUUUCGGGGGCUUUCUGGGUGCAGAGAGCUGAUCCUUACAGCGCUUUCCUCGCCAGUCCGUACGGCGAGUUUAAAAGCGCAGGCGGAGGGAAUGCGGCGGAUGGGCCUCUCAGACACUGCCGAGCUCCAGCCAUCUAGUUAGAAACGGCAAAGAAUUUGUGAACAGGAAUCUCAAAAACAACAAACAUGUCAAUUUUGCUGCCUCUGUUCAGCUAUUUAAGGAAUGACCAGAUAUUUCCUUUGUAACACCAAUAUAUUUGCUGUUUAUCCUUGGAGAAGUAUUUCAUCCCAGCUGUUACAUAAAUAUGCUUUAUGUAUGAAAUCCACUGGAAGCAGUGUGCCAAGAACACACCAGCAUUCGUUCACCAGAGAUCAGUUCUGCAACUGCAUCGAUUGUGUGAGAGGUUCAGUAUGUCUGACAGCUGACUUGAUGAAUUGAUAGCUGGGAGAUAUCAUUCUCCUACUCUCAAUGUGGGAACGGAUUCUCUCAGUCACCCGAACUGUAGACACACCACUGGGUUCAUCGUGGGGAGAGGCCAUUCAUCUGUGUGAGGGUAUUUACUCUGUCAUCCAGCCUAAAGAUAAAUCAGCAAGUGCAGACCAUAUUGAGAUGGUUGACCAAUUCUGACUGCAGGAAGUGAUUCAUUUGCCAUCCAAGCUGAAGAUACAUCUGAAAAUUCCCACCUGUGCAUGUUUGGGAAGAGAUUCACUCACUUAGCCCACCUGCAGACUCCAAGUGAGACUCACCAGGGAAAGAGAGCACUCAACUGGUCUGUGUCUGUGAAGAGAUUCACUUGGUAAUCUGAUCUGCUUACACAGGAGGGAGUUCACGCUGGGGAGAGGCUAUACAUUUGCUCAAACUGGGAAAGAAUUAAUUCAGUCAUCCUAUCUACAGACACACCAGUCAGUUCACACUGGAGAGAUGCCGUUCACCUGCUCAGAUUGUGGGAAGGGAUUCAUUCAUUCAUCUCAACUGAAGGUACAUCAGCGAGUUCACACUGGAGAGAGGCCGUUCACCUGCUCUGAAUGUGGGAAGGGAUUCACUCUGUCAUCCAACCUACAGAGACACCAGCUGGUUCAUACGGGAGAGAGGCCAUUUACCUGUUCAGUGUGUGGGAAGGGAUUCACUCAGUUAAGCAACCUACAGGCACACCAGUCAGUUCAUACUGGGGAAAGACCGUUCACCUGCUCAGACUGUGGGAAGGGAUUUACUCAAUCAUCCAGUCUGCAGAUACACCAGAGAGUUCACACUGGGGAGAGGCCAUUCACCUGCUCAGACUGUGGGAAGAGAUUCACUCGAUCAUCUGACCUUCUGGCACACCAGUCAGUUCACACUGGUGAGAUGCCGUUCACCUGCUCAGAUUGUGGUAAGGGAUUCACUUGGUUAUCCAGACUGCAGACACAUCAGUCAGUUCACACUGGGGAGAUGCCAUUUACCUGCUCAGAUUGUGGGAAGGGAUUCACUCGGUCAUUUCAACUGAAGGUACAUCAGCGAGUUCACACUGGGGAGAGGCCAUUUACCUGCUCAGAAUGUGGGAAGGGAUUCAGUCAGUCAUCCAACCUUGUGACGCACUACCGAGUUCACACUGGGGAAAGAGUUUGAAUAAACUGCCUGCUGGAUGUUCAACCUUAACAGUUGCUGAAACCAGAGGCGAGUUCAAAUGUUGAACUCUGCAAUUAUUGCUGCUGCUCAUCAUGUACAGUUCUGCACCCUGAUCACUGGGCAUGGGAGGAGUUCCUUCUGAUAUUCACCAUAAAUGGGACUGGAGUUUAAAAUUCUGGAUCUGUGACAAAUAAAUCAGUUCUGUCUUAAA